UUUAACUUUUUCCUAAUGGUUUGCGGAAGGAAGUCUUUGUGGCCGAAUAACGUACAGAGUGAUGAGGUCAUAAAUGAGGCUAGGGGCGCGAGAGCGAAGACCGAGGGGAAGUUAACGUUAGAGCAGAGCCAGACCGUUGGUGGAGAGGCAGAAGUUAACCAGCUGAAUGUAGCUAUGGAAGUGGAGAACCAAACCGCGUUUACAUCAUGCUGUCCGUCCCAGAACAGCAGCAGCAGCUCCUCCACCCCUGAUGUGUUACCUCCAGAAAACCACGAUGACAGCCUGAUCCACCACGUCCCCCGCCUCGGCACUGUUAUCCCCAAUCGGAUUUUUGUCGGGGGAAUUGACUACAAGGUUAAUGAGAGCGACCUACGACAUGUCUUCUCUCAACAUGGUGCAGUAAAAGAGGUGAAGAUUGUGAUAGAUCGCUCAGGAAUGUCAAAGGGAUAUGGGUUUGUUACAUUUGAGACCCAAGAUGAUGCACUGAAAAUCCUUCAUGAUGCGAAUGGAAUCUGUUUCAAAGACAAGAAGCUCAGCAUUGGUCAGGCUGUCCGCAAGCAGCAAGCUUCAGUACAAACUAAGAGCGCCCCUGUGGCCAUCUCUGACUCUGCCAUGCCUCUACCGAUGUCCUGUGGGGCUGUGUACCUGACCACGUCCACAGGCAAUCCCUACACUUACCACAACGGAGUGGCCUACUUCAGCUGCCCUAACAUGAGCCCUCCUGGCCGCCACUGGCCUCCGGCUCCUCCAGUGCUGCUUCCUCAGUCCCAUCAGCCUGUCUACCAGCAACCAGCCUAUCACCACUACCAGUGUGUCCCAAACCAGUAUCAGUGGAAUGUCGUCCAGGUAGGACAUGUCCAGUCGCCGAUGCCCUCCAGUCCAGUCGUGUACUCCCAGCAGUCAGAAUAUCUGUACCAGCCUGCUAAUGGAGGCUCUGUCCAGCCUCCUCUGCCUGUCAUGGAGGACACCACACCAGAGUUUUUAGAGCCCACGGUGCAGCAGGUUUAUUCAUUGUAUCCUCAGAGAACUGAAGGAAUGACACCCAUUGUUCUGCAACAUGAUCCUGGAAAGAAUCUGAUGUUUCCACACUUGCGGGUCCAUCUGAAGCCAAAGUACCGCCGAUACAUUCACCACAAGGACUAUCACUACCUGCCAGAGGCAACAGAGCCACCAGACGCCUCCAUGCUUCACACUUCCCAACCUCUCAUGUAGGCUAAACCCACAGGCGGCUUCUCAGGGGGAAAAUCCCACACAGCACCACGACCUCUUAUGUCAGUUUAGUCACUUCCUCGUCCUUCUCCAUGCAUUUAACACAUGUAUAAUCUAUCGACUGUUUAACCUGUGCUUUACAACAUAAUGCAGUAUGUUUCAUGACUUCAUUUCAUAGCCUCUUUGUUGCACUUGUUACCACCACCUCUCCACAACCAAGGAAAGCUCUCACCUUGUAGGACUCACUAGACUCGCAGCACUCAGAUCUGUUUCUGUAUUGAAUACAGUUGGAUGAUUGAAGUUUACUCUACGUUACAGUGGCUCACAUUGCAUACUGUACGUCACAGUAUAUACUGGUUGUGGUUGAUUUCUUAAUUAACACAUAAACUCAGCAAUAAUACAUAAUACAUAGAUGAGUUUUUCAGUAAAUCAAACCUUUACGGUAGUAGUUGUGAUAACACAAUAACUUGGUGAUGGCUAAACAAUACAUCUUGAAUUUCCGAAAAUUCAGAUUUACAGGUUUCAUAUUAUUGGGGCACAACAAAUGUCUAAAUUAUUCAGAUUUAAUGAUGACAGCGUCUCAUCACUGACCUGUCUCGUUAUGAUUGAGGGAUCUUUUUUCUUUUCGCAAAAAUAUUGAAGUUAAAAAAUUAAACAUUUUAUUUGAUAAAAAUCUAUUUAGUUUAAAACCUCACAAAUGUACAACAACAGUCAAUUCAAACAUUACAUUUUUAAACCUGAUACAUGAUUUCUUAUAAAAACAAACUAAAACUUGUCAACAGUACUUCAGUAGUAGCUCAGAUCAACCGUCUUUCCAAUUUGACUUGAACAGAACGUGAACACAUUACUUUUUUGUUUUCUUAGCAUUGUUACAUUACAUACAUCAUGGUGCUUCCAUGAUGUAGCUGAGAAUAUUAGAUAUUUUUUUCUCACCAUGUCAACUCUCUCUCUCUUUACCUUGCUGUACAAAGAAGCAAUGCUGUACAUCCUCUGUGGAUCAGUGAUCACAUUUAUUUGAAAGGAUGUGAAAAAUGCAACACUAUAGUUGUUUGAGCCUCACUGAGCUCAUUAGGCAAUCCUAAUAUUAUUAGGAUGCUCUGAAUGAGCUGCUGCAUCUUGUCGCCUCUGCUCGGCUUUAUCAGUGUCAGGACCUUUUCAGGAUCCUCUGAUCCACUGUCUGAUUGGUCCUCAGCCAGUUACUUCUAGAGCAGUGCUUAAAACAUUAUUUUCUACUUUUUUUUUUUUUUUUUUUUUUUAGUGUGAUGAUGUGAAGACAUUUGUGUACAGUAUGGUUACUAGACUGUGGCCUGUAUCUGUUUGAAACCAACUCUAAUUGGUUUAAUAAUAAUUUAGAACCAGCAACAGGCAGCGGUAUUGUUGAAACACUACAGAGGUAACAGCAACAUAAGUAUUUUAUAUAAAGCAGGCUGAUUGUUAGGCGUAUGUUAAAGUGCAUAUUUAGUCGUUUUGACAGCACAAUUCAUCCAUGAAGGUGUACUGGUUACUUAGCAAUUUUGUAUAUCAGGAAUUCUAAUUUUAUAUUUGGAAAUCUAUGUGGUUAAGACAAAACUAUGUAAGGACCAUUAAACAAAUUUGAGCAAUAAUAUAUCUGCAAGUCAGGAUUUUUAAGCACACAGGGACAGAUUUGUAAUCACAGAACAUGUUUAAAGUAAGUGCGCCUCAAGUGGAGUUAUGUCUCUAUAUUUGAGUGACCAGUAGGGCUUCGCUUGCACCCUGCUGUUAAACCUGCUCACCCAGAUUUGGCAGUAUUUAUAACAUGCAAAGUCCACUGGAUUUGACCUGGAAGUGAGCUGUCAUCCUGUUAAACCGUGCCUUUUUAGUAACAUCAGGUCGUCCCAGUGUGUACCCAUUGGCUUUUUCAUUUAAAAAAAAAAAAAAUUAAGCCUGUUGAAACCAGAAAUUGUAAUUGUAAUUAAAUUCUUUUAAGUGCUCAGAAUCUGAGAAAACAGAAAAUUGUUAGAGCAGAUGAGAACUCAACAUGCACAAAACUUAUGUGAGAUAUAUAAAUUUGUCACUGCAUGCUCUCAGAACUUGACUACAGAUUGAUUAAAGCUUGAUUUUAUUUUUUUGUGCUAGCUCAAUAGUUUUAUCAUUAAUAAAGUAGAAAUAUGUAAUUCAGUAACUUGUUGGACAAGUGAUUGGAAAAGUUCUCUCAAAGGUUAUGUGUUUCAUGUCAUUUGUCAGUGUAAAUUAGUUGGUCAGUUACUUUUAUAUUGUUAUAAAAGUUCAUAUUGUGCUCAUGUUCUGGAUUUGCAGGUUAUGUUGUUGAGUUCAAAUGGGCUGUUCACAAAUACUAAAUAAGCCUGCCUUGAAAUUGAAUAUAAAUUAUAUUCAAGUUAAAUGAUAGAUAUCCAUAUUAUUCUAUAAUUUUUCCUCUAGAUAUUUUAUUUUAAAAAACCAACUCAAUCUUAAAGCUUUAAUUCCCCUGUCAUGCUUUUGUUUGAACUAUUUGUGCUUAUAAUUCAGGUAAAAUGUACCCAAAAGUCUUUUUAAAAUUGGCAGGAACACUCGGUGUGCUUUUAAGACAUUGCGAUUUGUCUUAUUGUAUUUUAAACUCCAUAUAUUUUGUCAAACUCAGGGGGUUUUCUGCGAUUGAAAGCAGAAGGCAAAUUGUAUAACCAAAACAAAAAUCUAAUGUAAAAUAUUUUUUGUGAUUUGUUUACAUUUUCACUUGUUUUAUUUUAACGACAUUAUUUUUAGUUCAGUGUGUUUCCGGUUCUUGAAUGGAAAUAAAGGUUUCCCUUGGUGUA